AUGUACUUGAGUUCGGUCGUUUACGCAACUGGCGCUAAUCCACAGUCAAUAGCGGUUAUUGAUUUGAAUAACGAUUCGAAGCCUGAUGUUGUCACGGCAAGCACUACUGCUCCUGGCUCAGUUAGCGUUCUUCUCAAUACAGGCGCCGGUACAUUUCCAUCUCAAACCACCUACGCAACUGAUAAUUAUCCAAAAUGGGUAGCGGUGGGUGAUCUAAAUCUUGAUGGCAGGCCGGACCUAAUUACAGCAAAUUAUGGUAACAACACAGUUAGUGUUCUUUUUAAUACGGGUAACGGCACAUUCUCUUCUCAAACUACUUACCCAAUUGGCCUUUAUCCAUACUCAGUAGCGGUCAGCGAUGUAAAUUCGGAUAACAAGCCAGACAUAGUUGCAACAAAUUUUGCUGAUCUCACAGUUAGUAUUCUUCUAAAUACAGGCAGUGGUAUAUUUUCUCCUCAAACUGCCUACGCAACUGGCAAUGGUCCAUUCUCAGUAGCAAUUGGUGAUAUUAACGGUGAUUCAAAACCCGAUCUAGUUACCCCAAAUAAUGCUGAAUAUACAAUUAGUGUACUUCUCAAUGCAGGCAGUGGUACGUUUCCUACUCAUACUGCCUACUCAUUUAGCAAUCCUCCAGUCGCAACAGCCAUUUCAGAUUUGAAUUUUGAUAGCAAACCCGAUUUAGUUGUUGCAACUUCUGGUGGAAAGUUUGUUAGUGUUCUUUUCAAUAAUGGCAGCGGUACAUUUGCUUCUCCAAUUGCUUACAAUACUAGCGAUGCUCCAAGGUCAAUAGUAAUUAGAGAUGUUAAUGCGGAUAGCAAGCUUGACAUAAUAACGGCAAAUUUUGGUGCAAAUACAAUUAAUGUUUUGCUCAACACAGGCAACGGCACAUUCUCUUCUCACAUUACCUACGUAACUAACAGUUCUCCAAUCUCAUUAGCAGUCAUUGAUGUAAACGGUGAUUCCAAACCUGAUCUAGUUACGGCAAAUCUUGCUACAAGUACUGUUGAGGUUUUUUUUCACUGCUAA